CAGGAGCGGCUCGGCUGGGCUCGGCUGGGCUCGGAGCGGAGCGGGCGGCGGGGGAAGAUGGAAGGAGCCUCGUUCGGAGCGGGCCGGGCUGGGGGGGCCAUUGACCCUGUGGAUUUCGUGAAGCAGCCGCAGACCAUCCUCCGGGUGACAACCUGGAUCUUCUCCAUCGUGGUGUUCGGCUCCAUCGUCAACGAGGGCUAUGUGAACAAGGACGGCCGCGGCCCCGAGCUGCUCUGCGUCUUCAACGGCAACGACAGCGCCUGCGGCUACGGCAUCGCCGUCGGCAUCAUUGCCUUCUUCGGCUGCAUCUUCUUCCUCGUCCUGGACCUCUACUUCCAGCAGAUCAGCAGCGUCAAGGACCGCCGGCGCGCGGUGCUGCUCGACCUGGGCUUCUCCGGCUUCUUGUCCUUCCUGUGGUUUGUAGCCUUCUGCUUCCUGGCAAACCAGUGGCAGAGGACGACGAUGAGCAGGGGAGCGUGGCAGGGAGCUGAUGCUGCCCGGGCAGCCAUCACCUUCUCCUUCUUCUCCAUCAUUGUCUGGGUGGCUCUGGCGCUGAAGGCCCUGCAGCGGUACCGCCUGGGCACGGACAUGUCUCUCUUUGCCACCGAGCAGCUGGCAGCCGACGCCGGCGUGCCCUACCCUGGCUACCCUGGCGGCAGCGGCGUGGAGAGCACAGACACCUACCAGAGCCCUCCCUUCACCGACACCUUAGAGCCCAACCCUAAAGGCUACCAAGUGCCAGCGUACUGAUGGGCAGGGCUCAGCCUGGGCAGCGCCCGGGCCCGCGGCGGCACCGAGCCGGCUGCCCCCCACGCCUCUCCGGUCCCUCCCCUCCCCUGUGGCGGCUCAGUGCCGGGGUCCUUGCUAUUAGCUAGUUGUGCAGUGAGGUCUGUACAGUGGUAUUGGUUCUUGUCUUGCCUUGUCCAAGGGGUUUCUAAAAGCAGUGUUCCCUCUAAGUCCCCAGGAAGGGAGGGUGGUGGCUGCCACCUCACCCACGCGCAGCCAGGGGUGACUGAAGGCCCUCGCUGAGGCUUGGCACCGAGCGCUUGGUGCUGGGCCCUGCUGAGCACCCAGCAGAACCCAAAGUACCUUUGCCUGUUAGGGAGCUGAGGAGCUGCUGCUGCUCGCCCAGAGUCGAGCAG